UGCCGGGCGCGUGUGUUGUCAUUGCAUGGAAUACUUAACCUCUUGGAAGUUUGCGCAAAUAAGUGAAUUCGAAUGGAUUUCAAAUAACACAAGCACCGGUGGUUGCUUUUUUAAUUUAAAAAAAUGAUGAAUGACAAGUGAAGCUGUUCUUGAAACUCAGCUGGUUAUUUUGAAUCUGGACAAAAUCUUUAUCUCAACAUGUCCAAGACUUUAAUAAAACAACUGGAGGAGCGACAAUUGCCAAAUGAACUGGUGCUCAUGCGAUGGUCGCCCAACACUGAUCUUCUAGCUAUUGCUAAUGCCAAAGGCGAACUGUCAUUGCAUCGUCUAACUUGGCAGCGUGUCUGGCUUCUGUCAGCCCCGGAAGAUGGAGAAAAAAUUAAAAAUCUAGCCUGGCGACCCGAUGGCAAACUCAUUGCUGUUGUAUACACCAAUUCAAAAACUCUCUGUAUGAUUGACAUAGAAAACAAAAAUAUUGUCCACAAAAUACCGCUAACUCAAGAACAAGUGCAAUGCUCUUGCAUGGCUUGGCUGUCCCUUUCACCACCAAUGGAAACAAAAGAUGAACUCAAACAGAAUAAUCCUGCUUCCUGUACUGGUGAAUAUUUGCCUCCUUUGCCAAAUUUAAGCAGAAGCUAUGGCCAAGAACCAGAAAGAAAAGAAUUCACUUCUCAAAUGCUUGACAUGCUAUUUCUUGGUCAAGAAAAUGGCAGUAUUCUAAUGUAUAUAUUUGGAAUGUUUUAUUGUGGUAUGAUUAAAAUUGGCGAGGGACCUAUAAUGGAAAUAAAUGGUGGUGGUGGCAAAGCUCUCUGGGCCAGUUGGAAAAAUAGUGAAUGCAUAGUUGUUGUACAGUUAUCAAGUACUAUUUUACAAAAUAGUAAUGCUUUUUUGAAUUUAGCUAAACUCCAAGCACAUAUGGAAUGUUUAAAAGAUUAUUUAUCUAAAUCAAUCAAUGCUUUGUCAGAAGCUUGGGAAACUAUACUUUUGGAAAUGGAUGAAAAAAUAGCAAAAUAUGCUGCUGAUAAAGCACCUGGCAGUGUUGCGGCAGAUUUUUUAGAACUAUUAAUGAUUGGAGUACCAAGUCCAGAUUUAAAAAAUUUUUUGUUGCGUGAUCUGACUGAGAAAGGAUUAAAGAAAUUAGGAAACAGUAUAGAUAUGUGCUACAGUAAUAUUCAAAAAUUGGCUCUCAAAAGUCUGAGUAGUGUUGGAAUGGCCCUUACUUAUCAUUUAUCUGAAAUGAAAGGAAUGGUAAGGUUCGGAGGUCCAUACGAAGCUCUUGGACUGAAAGAAGAAACACCAAUUACCAAUGCUCUGAGUGCAGUGCAAUCAUUCUUAGCAAAAACAUCAGAGGUGCAACAAGUCAUUGAUCACAGCAUGCGCGAUUAUAGAGCUUUUAUAACGUGGCUAUAUACAAUCAUUCUCAGACUGAAUGACGAACGAGUUCCUUCUGAAAUGAGCAAAAUUAGUCAACAAGAUUUAACUUAUAUUGCAGAAUAUCUAAGAGGAUUCGAUAAAGUAGAAGAAACUGCAAGCAGAAGAAAAGGUGUUAAUUUAGAAAAAUUAGGACAAUAUUUGAGGCAAGAUCCUCUUCAAACAUGUUUUAGUCCAGAAGGCAGUGAGUGGGCUUCUAUGCUUGUAGAAAAUAAAUGUUUGCAAAAUUAUCCCUUGAUUAUAAGGCAAGAUUUCGAAGGCUCUCUUCUUCAAUCUCAUGAUACUCUUGUUGAAGCUAUAAAUCAAGUUUUUGUGAAUGCUUAUCAAGAUUUAACAAAACAUUUUACUCACAGUACAAUUUCAUUGAAAUUCGUCAGUGUUGAUACUUUUUCACAAAGAGUAACAAAUGAUGGAAAAUUGAUCGUAGGAGCACCUAGCUCAGAUUACAAAGUACUCCAAAUUUAUAGAAUUAAGGCUAAUAAUUCAAGUGAACUAGAAUUGGAUAAUGUUUCAUACAUCAAUUUGUGCAAUAGACAAGAAUCUAAUGUUCAAGCAUCAGGAUUUAAUGGAAAAUUGUCAGAUCUAAAAUUUUACUCACUGAAUUAUUUAACUUUGCUUCUCAUAAAUGAAAUUAAUAAAGAAACAUCUCUGAUACAACUACCUCUUGACCACUCUUUACUGAGUGAUAGUAACCAACAAGCAUCAAUUAUUAAUCUAAGUGAGUUGAUUGAGUCUAAUUCAUGUAAAUCUUUUAAUGAUCCAUUUCCAAGGUGGAUAGCUGUGAGUGGGCAGAGAAAAGUUGUUGCCAUUCUGAAUGAAAAUAAAAGAAAAAUUAGAAUAGUUGAAACUGAAAUAGAGAACGAAGAAUCAGAACAUAGUAAACAAGAUGUUACAGAUGAAAAUAUGAUGGACACUACAACUAGUGCCAUUAAUGAAAGUGGAAGUUGAAUAGUGUAUAGCCAUUUGUAUUUACUGCAAAUAAGUCUGUGUUAAUUUCCUUAAGAAAAAUUUAGUUUAUCUGAAUAAAUAAUUUAUUUUAUAAUCUA